GAGAGACCGAGGCUAAUCCAAUGCUUCAGGCUGUUAACUAAUUGGUCCCUCACAUGACGAUGACAGUCGAAUGAGGGUUGGAAAGUGGCUAAUGCAUCUUGAUGGCAAUAAGACAACUUCGGUAUUGCUAAAUCAAGUAUUUUCUACCGAGAACAGGCGUGACUAGAAUUCUUUCUUGCCAUAUUUUCAGCUUGUCGUUUGCGGUUGACUGAUGAAGAGAUCGCGUUCAAAUGGCGGAAACUUUUAACGACGAAUCAUAUCCUCAAGUGCCCAGAACCUGAUUUGAAAAGAAAUUUGAAAGCGUUCCUUUUCUGUCCUUAUCCUAUUACUCAGUCUUAUUAUCGCCAUGACCAAAUCUCCACGCACUCUCCUGUGUGCUCUUGGAACCGUACUCUAUUUUGGUUCCAACGUCGCAGCAGCUCCACUCGAUAUCGACUUGGACAUCUGCCUUCCAUUCGGCAUUGAAGUCGGACUCUUCAUUGACCUGUUUGAUCCCCCUCAGGUGACCGAAGUUGUCCCUUUCUUUGCUACAUCGACCACUGCGAUCCCUUCGGCGGGCACAUACACAGUUCCAGCUGGCAUCUCUGCAACGACGGUGAUCGCCCAGCAAGCAACCGAAUUGUGCGUGACUUCGGUGACAACAAAGACAACCACCUACCCCUGCUCGACAUCGACCUCGUUCCCAACUACCUGGUGGGAUCCUUGCAAAUCCUCCUCGACUUCAGGGACUUGCCAAUGGACCCCACCUGCUACCAGCACUCCCACGACGGUGACUACUACAGUUACUACCACACUCACAGAGUCUGCCACCCCCUGCCCUGCCACAACAACGUCAACGUCAACGUCAACGUCAACCCCAACGCCAACUCUCAGCUGUGACCCCUACGGGUAUCUGGUACAAUACGCAUCCCUCUACCGAGUGGAUCUGAGCACAGGUACCACAACCGAGAUUGCCAGCGGGCUAGGUCAGAAUACAUCCAUCAAUGCCAUGGGAUACAACACUCUCGAUAAUUAUCUAUACGCAUACCAAUCCAGUACAAAGACAAUCCUUCGGAUCAGCGCUGACGGCACGACCGUGACCGUGGAUACAGAUGCGCCCCCCGCAGGAAGCUAUGUCGGUGACAUCGACACCAACGGCCAUUAUUGGGUUGGCGUCGGAGCGGCCAGCUCGUGGGCUAAGAUCGAUCUUGCACCUGGCUCUCCGACUUACGGCAAAACAUUGGCCCAUGGGACCGCUACUUCCCCAGGAUACGACGUGGCCGACUGGGUGUAUAUCCCCAACGCGGGCGAGUACCUGUAUGCUGUCGGUUCCAUUGCGUCAAAGAGUGAGACCGCCUUGCUGCGGUUUAGUAUGUCCACACACAAAUGGGAGACAGUGGCCAAUUAUGGCAAGCUCGGAGUUGUUGGCGUUGGUGCUGCAUAUGGAAUGAACAAUGGAACGCUGUACGCGUCGGAGAAUGGUAAUGGCCAGAUCUGGCAAUUCCCUAUUUCGGGGGGAACUCCGUUCAUGGUCUCUCAGGGCCCUCCGUCAGGGAAUAACGAUGGAGCACGGUGCGUGCUUAACCUUUUGUCCCACUGAGCCUGAGGUGGAGAGCUGCUAUACUGAAUGGUUCAAUGUUGGACGAGAUUGGUAGAAGUUUCAAUUUGUUGAUACGACUUUGGGCUUGAUGCUUCUUUAUUAAAUAGUUAACAAUCUUAAUAGCUAAUGCUCGUUAAUUGCUAGUUUAUUUUCAUAUAUGCUUACUUACCCGUCCGAAA